CAUGUGCAAGAGUAUGCCCAACCAAAGAUCUACAAAAAAAAUGACAGCUAUGAAACUAUUUUAGUUGAUACUUCCCUAUUACAAACAUAACAUUAACAACUUGACUGAUAUGCUCUCUGUUCCUUAUGUCAGCUACUUAGACCAUUCCCACACAUGACAGCAUCAUUCAUCAUUUUAAUCACUCGCACUUUUAACCACUUGCGACAUAAUGAGAGGUGCGGAACUUCUGCUUAUCCUGGGAGCCUUACAAAGUUUUGUUUCUCAAAGAAUCCAUGUAUAUCAGAUCCCAGAAGUGACUGUGUCUGAGGAUACCACAGUUACUUUGCAAUGUAACUACACACUGAGUAACAUGGAGAAUGCAACUCUUGGGUGGGCCACUUGGUACAAACAUACCCUGCGUGGGCCUAAGGUAUCCAACAUUGAUGGAGAGUUUAUUGGAAGAGUCAGUCAAGCUGCCCAAAAUGAUUUUACUGAAAGGCGAUCAGCCGGCAUUCAACUACACAGAGCACAAUUGUCGGACAGUGGAAUAUAUAUUUGUCAAGUUUCAUUCAGCUUGAAGAAUGACGUCAGUGGACAUGGGAAUGGGACAUUCCUCAUUGUGACAGGUUCUAUAGAGAAUAAUGCCUCAUACAAUUUCCUUAUCAUGCUUGUCAUUGUGGGUGCGGUGUCCCUGGUUCUUUUGGUCUCACUUGCAGCUUAUCUGAGGUGUACAAACAAUGGACCUAAUACAGACAACAUUACAACAGCUGAACAGCAGUUGCACGCCAUUGAGAAUACAGACUACAGUAUGGUCAACAUGCCAACAACACAAUUCUGUGUUGAAAGCCCACAGAGGAAGAGAUCACCUAAUACCCAAGUGUAUUGUGAAGUUGCUGUGUAUUAUGAGAUUCAGGGUUCAAGGUGAUCUGCAACUGAAAACAACAAAUAUCAAAUAGUUUAUAUAUGACAAUUCUUGUACUUCCAAAAGCAAAAACUAGCUUAAUGAUGCCAUCAACCCUACUGUUUCUAUAUGAUGUUUUGCCCUUGUACUUACAGCUUAACAAGUUUAUUAAAUGUUAUAUCUUAAUUA